AUGGGUGAAGGGGACGACUUCACAGAGAACCAGAUUGUGGGUCUGUCUGAUAAAAUUCCAUUGGUAAAACCUUUUUUCAAAAAGAAGCCAAGAAAAUUAGAUGCCAAAUGUCUCCACCGUGCCCUGGAGGAUCCUAUCCUUACCACUCUUCUCAGAACGGACGCUUUGGUCUCUGGAGAUGGGGUGUUUGUUCCCCGGAGCCAGACGAACCGGACACCUGGCAACCUGUGUGCUGCAGCAGUCGUAAAACAGAGCUGCAUGGGUCAGGACUGUUUAAAGGACACGUCUUCUGCAGCCGAUAGCACGGCGGGGCUCAUGUCCCAGGACACUGAUGUGGAAAUAACUGAUACUACUGCAGAACUGGAGGAGACGGAGCGCACUGGAGAGCUCCCCAAAAUCACUGACCCCACCUCAGACAAUAGUCACUGCUUUCAGGUAAAACCAGGCCUGAGGCCGACUGGGAGCACCCCCUCUCGUACGGAUAUAUCCCCCAUAGUUAAAGCCCAGACCCCUCUUCAGGACUGUUCCCACAAAAGCAAUGACCUUCUCACCUCUGUGGCCAAAACCCUGCCGCUCAAAGACUGCUCUGCUGUCCAGGACUCUCAUCCUCUGCUUUUACCCACUGCUCAGCCUGACAAAGGAGUGCUAUUUCAGGAUAAGAGCGAAGAGGCUUCUCUAGACCUGGUCUUUGAGUUACUUACACAGCUGCAGUAUCACACACACCAGGCAGACUCUGUGGACAUUUGUGUAGAUUUCCUUCAAGGACUUUGUGUUUACGGCAACGACUGUGCCCACCACCACACAGUACUGCCCUACCACUGGCAGAUCCGCAGGAGCAGCACUCACAAGUGGCAGAGUGUAGCCGACGAAUCCCAAGAACAACUGGAGAGACUGUACUGCAACCCAGACAAUGAACAAGUCCGGCUCAAGUAUCAGGGCCGCGUCUUCUCGCUGGACUUCGGGGCAAUGCGAGUGUGCGACAUGGAAUUCGACCGUGUACGCCGCCUGACCACGCCCCCCGGCACCACCAGCCCCAUCCCCUCCCCCAACUGUCACACCACGUGGAAGUACUACUGCAGAGACAACUUCGGCUGGAGGGAAUACUCCGAGCCGGUGGUGAAGCUGAUCGAGGAGGCGAGCUCCAGGGGCCUGAAGGAGGUGCGCUUCAUCACGCUCCAGAACCAGUACAUCCUCAACAUCCGCGAGGGCUUCCAGCAGAACGCCGUGUUCGGAUUCAGGCGCCAGAUCAAGAAGAGGCCCAUGUACAUGUCCUCGGUGGUCCUCACGCCGCUGCUGCAGACUCUGGGCGGCCUCUCCCUGCCCUCCUCCUCCCCCUCCUCCUCCUGCACGGACCUGUCCUCCACACAGCCCCUGUCCCCCACCUCGGGCAGCCCUCCCAGCCUCUUCCCGGAGACCUGGCUGCCCAUGAACACCAGCCAGGACUUCCUCCAGGUGCCCGUGUCCCGCGAGGACCGCAGCUACCGCACCGUCUACAGCCUGUUCCACAAGACCGUCUCCGAGACCAAGUUCCGCAUCAUCAAGAUCCUCCGCGUGCAGAACCCCUUCCUCUGGGAAAAGUACAAGCGGAAGAAGGAGUACAUGUUGCGGCGCAUGACGGAGGUGGACAAGCUGCUGAGCGAGCGCCACCUGUUCCACGGCACCUCGGCCGACGUGGUGGAGGGCAUCUGCAAGCACAACUUUGACCCACGCGUCUGCGGCAAACACGCCACCAUGUUCGGCCAGGGAUCCUACUUCGCUCGCAAGGCCGUGUACUCCCACAACUUCUCCAAGCGCUCGCCCAAAGGAGUCCACUGCAUGUUCCUGGCCAAAGUCCUCACCGGCAGGUUCACCGUGGGGAACCCCUCCAUGCGGCGCCCGCCCCCCAUCAACCCCCGCGACGCCUCCAGCGACCUGUUCGACUCCUGCGUGGACAACUGGGUGGACCCGCAGAUCUACGUCAUCUUCAACGACGACCAGAGCUACCCCUACUUCAUCAUCCACUAUGAAGAAGUGCCCACCACCGUGUCCGUUUGA